AGGCGCGGAACGAAACCUCGCGGAGAGCCCGUUUAGCCCCGGAACGGCCUCGCCGCUCUCCCGGUUUCCCACCCGGGGCUGUGGGGAGUGACGGACCGCGAAGAUGGCGGCGCCCACGCGAGUGAACCACGUGUGGGUGGGGGCCGAGACCGGCGCCUUUAAAGGUGUUUUGGGGGAAAAAGUGGCCACCAACGUCGUGGGGGUCGGGGCUGAGCCGGGGCCGGGGGUCUGCGCUCUGUGCUGGGGGACACCGCCCAGACCGAGGUGCCUCGUGGGGUCCCUGGAUCGCUCCGUGAGGGUCUUCAACACCGAGAAGGGGAAAUUCGUGGGGUCCUGGCUGUGCCUGGGGGACGGGCCCUUCUGCGGCCUGGGGUCUUGGGCAGCCCCCCAUGUCCCCCCCAAAUCACAGCCCCAUCUGGAGGUGUCAGCAGGCCCCGGGCUGUGCCGGAUGCGCCAGGACCCGACGCGGCCGCACCGGGUGGGGACGGGGGGGAAGGAGAACGGGCUCAAGGUUUGGGACCUGCAGCGCCCGGGGGAGCCCCUUUUCAGGGCCAAGAACGAACGAUCACUGGACCUGCGGGUGCCGAUCUGGGAGCGGGACCUGCAAUCCCUGCCGGCUGGGGUCACGUGCACGGGGCACAGGCAGGUGCGCCUCUACGUCUCGACCCGGCGGCGCCCGGUGCUGACACGACCUCGGGAGGCCCCGCUGACGGCGCUAGCGCUGCCCCGGGACACGUCGGUGGUCGUGGGCAGCGCUGGGGACGUGACCGUCAUCGACCUGCGCAAAGGGCGGGUGCUGCGGGCACUGAAGGGCUUUGCCGGGGGUGCGGGGGCUGCAGUGCCACCCCACCUGCCCUCUGCCGCCUCCUGCGGCCUCGACCGCCUCCUCAGGGUGUACCUGAAGUCGCACCUCACCUGCCUCCCUGCUCAACACACACCUGGACUGGCAGGCUGA